AGAAAAGAAAAACAAAACAUGUUAUAAUCGUUACAAUAUACUAGUUCAAUUAUAAUUUAUAUACUAAUAACAAUAUUUAACAAGUGACAAUGUCAUUAGGUAGGAGAUCUAGCAACUGAAAGUAGAACUAAGAAGACGUCUACGUGCAUUAUUAAGAGGAGGAUUUAACAUAAGAAGAAUGAGAAUGGCUGCGCCCAUACAGCAAAUGCUGCAGCAAAUUAGACUGUGAAAAUCGCCGAAACGCCCUCCAGCAUCAUUUUCAAAUAUUUCUUUUUAAUUGUGUCAUCAGAUACAUUUGACCCAAAGAAACACCACCUUACACCAGCAUCCUAAUACAACAGGACAACAUUUUGUUUUAUCUUUCAAACAUGUAUCUAGUGUGUUCAAAAUCUGUGCCUGUAUUUACAUGCAAAACACAGGCACUGAUUACUUGUAGAAAAUGCUUAUUCAGACUGAGCCAUACAUCUUAUGGUCCGAGGACUGCAUCCUCAGUGUUUCAGAAUGAAGUAGUUGGCUUGCAUUUAAAUUUGUGUCACUGUCGAAUGAUCCACAGUUUCCAAAAGAACAGACAUUUUCACACGUCUUCCAGUUAUUAUAAAAGGCAGACUUUAUAUCAAAAUCCAUUAAUGAAGUUGCAGCCAUAUUUGGAAAUUCCUAUUCUGCCAAAGAAUAACCAGGUGUUUAGCCCAUCAGCGAGUGAAAUGGAAAAUGCCAGCGAGCUGUUUAAGAGUCGGCCCAGGGACAAGCAUGAGAUAAAGUUUAUCAAGUCGGUAGUAAACUUGGAGAAUUUACCAGAACACGACUUGCCAGAGGUUGCCUUUCUUGGUAGAAGCAAUGUUGGGAAGUCCAGUCUGAUUCGAGCCUUGUUGUGUGAUGUGCCUGGUCUUGAAGUAAAAGUCUCCAAGCGUCCGGGCCACACUAGAGCUCUCAAUAUGUUCCAAGUGGGGAAGGCCUUUUGUUUGGUGGACAUGCCUGGUUACGGGUACAACAUGCCGCAUCACUUCCACCAGAGUGUGGAGAAAUACCUGCAGAGUCGAAAAAAAUUGUGCCGAUCUUUUGUCUUGAUAGAUAGUGAAAUAGGAAUUACUAAAACAGACACAAUUGGACUUAAAAUGAUGGAAGAUUUUAGAAUACCGUAUGUUCUAGUGUUAACAAAAAUCGACAAAGUGGGUCAUCACAUCUUGUUGAAGAAUGUCCUGGCUGCAAUGAAAGUGAGAGAUGAGAGCCAUGAUCUUUGCUGUUUCCCGCAGCCAUUCCUCGCCAGUUCAGUAACAGGAGAGGGCUUGCUGUUGCUGCAGUCUUUUAUUGCAUAUGUCACUGGAAACUUGCUUGUUGAGGGAUUAUGAGAAGACAGUUCCAUCAUUUCCCAACUGAGGUUAAUCUGAAGACCGAUUCAACUGAAGACCGAUUCAACUGAAGACUUACUACAUUGGUAGAUAAAGAGGCUUGUGGCUAUCAUUCCUCACAGCUGCCAAGCCGACUGCAUCUUUUGUGUGUUAGGAAAUGUAGGACAUGUUACACAGGUGACAUACGAGACCAAUGUAAGAUACAAUGACUGGGAUGAAGACAUAGUUGGCAAGGUGCUUACCAACUGGAAGUGUUCAAAACAGGAUAAUAAAUUGUAGAAAAAGAUACUGAGGCUGGAAGAAAGGAAACCCUUCUAUGAUUACCAGCAUGGCUGACAAGUUGCUCCAAUUCUCACCAAAUUUAAUUUUACUGUUGAUAGGAAAAUGUAUUCAUGAAAGCCAAUUUGAAAUGGUGCAUUAAACAUUGUAGUAAGAUGGGGUGAAUAAUAUUAUUAUUACACUGUCUAGUGCAUGAAAUGCAGCUUACCUGAUGUUGUUUCAGAAACCUGCAGGAAACAGAGCUGGUUUAAGGAUCUGCUGGGCCUGUAGCACAAAUAACAGCAGGGCCCAAUUCCCAAGAUAUACAUUUUGUAACCCCCUCGGGGAGAGGGGAAAGAUAACCUAGGGAAAAUAAAUGUACACAUCACUGCGGGGUCCCCUGGAGCACGGGGACAGUAGCAUGUGCUAUAUUUGCUACUAGGAUAAACCGGCUCUGGCAGGAAACUGAUGUUAUGAUAAACAACAAAUAUUUCAACUAUCAUUAAUAACAAGCAAUUGAUGUAAUAUUUAAAUAUUUUUUAUUACAAACCUGAAUUAUAAAUACCAGACAAAAACUAAAAUUUGUAAUAAACCAUAUUAUGAUUGA